AUGGCGUUUUUUGUGCUUUCCCGUGUUUCACGACGGUUGUUGAAACCAUCCGUCUCGGCAACUCCAUCUUCCUUCCCUGUAUUCCAAUCUCAACAACAUAUAUACUUGUCCAAACCUGUUACUACUCCACACUACAUCAACCCACGUAAUCAUAAAGGGACUGACUUGCAUCAGGAGAGUUACAGAUCAGCUGCUAGAAUUAUGUGGUCAUCGUCUUUGGUUUUAGAGAGGGGUCGUAAGGAAAAGAGUAGUGUUUAUGGUGUUAAGGAAGAAUCUUGGAUAGAUUUGUAUUUCCCAGAAAGAGCUAGAGGUUAUGCUAAGCUUGCCCGUUUGGAUAAACCUAUUGGUACUUGGUUGCUUGCUUGGCCUUGUAUGUGGUCAAUUGCGUUGGCUGCUGAUCCUGGAAGCCUUCCAAGUUUUAAAAUGAUGGGUUUAUUUGGUUGCGGAGCUAUACUUCUUAGAGGUGCUGGCUGCACUAUAAAUGAUUUGCUUGAUCAGGACAUUGAUACAAAGGUUGAUCGUACAAGAUUAAGACCUAUAGCCAGUGGUCUUUUGACACCAUUCCAAGGGCUUCAAUUUCUUGUGAUACAGUUGCUUCUAGGCUUAGGGAUUCUUCUCCAACUUAACAAUUACAGCCGUGUGUUAGGGGCUUCGUCUUUGCUCCUUGUCUUCUCAUACCCACUUAUGAAGAGGUUUACAUUUUGGCCUCAAGCAUUUUUAGGUUUGACAAUAAACUGGGGAGCAUUGUUAGGAUGGACUGCAGUUAAAGGAAGCGUAGAGCCAGCUGUUGUACUCCCUCUUUAUCUCUCAGGAAUCUGCUGGACUCUUGUUUAUGAUACUAUUUAUGCACAUCAGGAUAAAGAAGAUGAUAUGAAGGUUGGUGUGAAGUCGACGGCUCUUAGGUUUGGUGAGAAUACAAAACUUUGGCUAACUGGAUUUGGAACAGCAUCCAUGGGGUUGCUUGCACUUUCUGGACUGAGUGCAGAUCUUGGGUGGCAAUACUACGCAUCACUGGUGGCUGCAUUGGGACAGUUAGGAUGGCAAAUAGGGACAGCUGACUUAUCUUCUGGCGCUGACUGCAGUAAAAAGUUUGUGUCAAACAAAUGGUUUGGUGCUAUUAUAUUUAGCGGAGUUGUACUUGGAAGAACUUUUCAGUAG